AAUCGAGCCGUUGAACGCACAUAGUGGAGCCAACAAAGAUAUUUUGGCGUGCUUUAUUAUUAUUAUUUUUUUAAAUAAUAAUCUCAUUAACCUCUGUCUCUCGUGGGUAUACUAAUUUAUCUAUAUUUUCCAAUUCGCUGCAUAAAACGUCUCUGACCCUUCGCGUUCGAUGAUCAGUCCCCAUUUCCGAACUUGUUAGCUUUUAGAUCGAGCCAAUUCCGUGGAGCUCUCAGAUCCACAAUUGCUCUAUUUUUCGAGUUCUUGGUAGAUAAGUUUGUUGCUGGAAAGAAAAUCUACUUCCCUUAUUUUGGAACCGAUCUAUUUCCUUGGGGUUGGCGGUAAUUUUAGCAUUUAGAGAAGAGCUAGAUCCGAGGCAGGAGAUAUGUCUUUCACUGGAACCCAACAGAAAUGCAAGGUCUGUGAGAAGACGGUUUAUCCGGUAGAGCAGCUAUCUGCCGAUGGGAUUGUUUACCACAAGUCUUGCUUCAAGUGCUCCCACUGCAAAGGGACGCUAAAGCUCAGCAACUAUUCUUCAAUGGAAGGGGUUUUAUACUGUAAGCCUCACUUUGAACAGCUAUUCAAGGAGACGGGUAAUUUCAACAAGAAUUUUCAGUCACCUGCAAAGUCAGCUGAGAAGUUAACUCCAGAGCUGACUAGGUCACCAAGCAAAGCUGCUAGCAUGUUUUCUGGGACACAAGAAAAGUGUGCUACCUGUGGUAAAACUGCAUAUCCACUGGAGAAGGUGACAGUGGAGAGCCAGGCCUAUCAUAAGUCAUGUUUCAAGUGCUCACACGGCGGUUGUCCUAUAACCCCAUCUAAUUAUGCAGCCCUGGAGGGGAUUUUAUAUUGCAAACACCAUUUCUCCCAGCUUUUCAAGGAGAAAGGGAGCUACAACCAUCUUAUCAAGUCUGCAUCAAUUAAACGUGCAGCAGCAGCAGCCUCCAUUCCAGAGGCUUAAAGUCCCAAUCCUUUAACUAUGGAUUUGAUUACAUUGCUUUCUUUUUUAUUAUUGUGUGUGUUUCUUCUGAUUCCUGAUCUCAAGGGUGGGGAACUGGCAAAACUUGGUUCUUCUCCGUGUUCCCUUUUUGCUCGUCAGUGUUGAGCAUACUGUUGUGUUUGCUUGAUAUAUGGGAUGCCAAUCCAACUGGUGUAAAAUGAUUCGCAGGACCCAUUUGCAGAACUUCACGAGCUUUAUGUACUUUUUGUAUUGGCUUGUUACAAGGAUAUGGAGUGUGAAAAGGCCGCAUAUUCUUGCUGCUUUCUCA